CGCUUGAGUUUGGCACUUUUUCUCGAUCGCUCCUUUCCAUGCAAUAUGUUUGAAGCCAAGCUCUGCUGGCGAUGAGUUUACUCCGGCUCUGUGUAUCCAAUGGCUUGACUAAGAGUCUUGCUCCCGCCGUGCGCGAUCCUUCACGACGUCUAUGGCGAAUUCCACAGCCAACCCGAGCGCGACUUGACUUCGCAAUCCGAUCCUUCUCGUCGGCCAACAGAUCCCGGAGGAAGAUAGAUUUUACGCAGAAACAAGGGGAGGCAAAUACGAAAGAUGAGCUGGAAAAUGCUCAGCGGGCGGUCCACCACAAAGGACCCUGGAAGAAUACUGGCAAGACAUCAUCACUGCGAAGUGUGGCCGUCGAAGCCCAGAGAUCACGCGCCUUUGUGAAAUCAAGAGGCAGGACGCGAUUUAUAGACCCAGACGCGGAGACCAAGACUGUCACAGCCUACUGUGCGGCGGAAACAUACAGCAUCUCAUCCGCUGCUCGACUCGUCAAGGCCCAAGGCUACGAACUCGAUCCCUUCCAAACCGGCCUAUACCCUCAGGUCAUCCAUGUGCAAACCUCCGACAGACCCUCAGAGGUCAAGGACUAUCAGCAAGGCGACAUCUUCAUUUUCCCAUCAGGGACGGUGGUGACGUGGAACGUCCGAGAACGAGAAGCCUUGAAGCUAGUCAAUCAAGUACUGCCAGCAGCAGCAGAGGGCUCACAUCUCGAUCUCCUCGAGACAGAAGACCUCGACUACCUCGAAGAUCCAAGUAAAGAGACGAGCGAAGUAGUCGGUGACACCAUCGUCCUCGGCACGAAAGCGGAACAGGAAUCGACAGAUGCGCAGCACGAGUCCAAGAUUAAUGACAACGAGCAACGCCACGAAGUUGACACCAUCCUCGCCAAGAUAGCAUUCUCCUCUGGCCUCGCGCGCUCCACCAAGCUCGCCGUCCUCGAAACAUUAUUGUCAAACUACCAGCAUUCCACCCGCGAAAUUCCCGCCAUGCUCGCUUCCAACAAAACAUCUGCCCUACAGAGCCGCCACAAACUCUUCACUCGCUCUUUUAUCCUACGAAAAACCGGAGAACUCCUGUCGAUCCGCGCGCAACUCAAUCUCUACAGCGAGCUUACUGACAGCAUGCCGGACAUAUUCUGGGACAGCCGGCACGAGUUGGGAUUAGGAGAAUACUAUGACCAAGUCGGCCGCGCCCUCGACGUAGGCGUACGUAUCAAAGUCUUGAACGAGAAGAUUGGCUUCGCGCAGGAGAUCGCAUCAGUUCUGCGAGAGCAGCUCAGCGAAAAGCACGGGUUGAGGCUCGAGUGGGCCAUCAUUGCUCUGAUUGCCGUCGAGGUGGUGCUCGAGUUUUACCGGCAUUGGACAGAGAGAAAGGAGAGGGAUGGUCCGGCGAGUACGGAGGCGUUGUUGAGAAGAUAUUUGCUGAGCAUGGCAAGCGAGCAGAAGCCAACGCCGCCCGCUUGAAUGUGCGACUUCGAACAUAAUUAGAGGAUAUUUUCCUUACCUAGACUUGUGAUACCCUACUCAAUAGACUACCUUUCGUCUCCACGUGC